UUGUUUUGUUUGUUCUUUACUUCACUUCAUUCUCGCAAACACCAAAGAAACUAUGAGCUCCUUCAAAACAUGGUUCAAUUUGUUCACCAUUUUCUAUGUCUUGGCUGCAACUCCAAUCUUCUCAUUAACAGAUUCCUCAAACCAACUCUCCACAAACUUUCUAGAAAUUGCCAAGAAACCUGAAGUUUUUGACUGGAUGGUGAAAAUCAGAAGGAAGAUUCAUGAGAAUCCAGAGUUGGGUUAUGAGGAAUUUGAGACCAGUAAACUCAUUAGAGAGGAAUUGGAUAAACUGGGUAUCCCAUAUAAAUACCCAGUUGCAGUCACCGGUGUUAUUGGCUUCAUUGGGACAGGAAAGUCACCUUUUGUUGCAUUAAGAGCUGAUAUGGAUGCACUUCCCGUCCAGGAAAUGGUGGAGUGGGAGCACAAGAGUAAAGUACCUGGAAAGAUGCACGCCUGCGGUCAUGAUGCUCAUGUCACUAUGCUUCUUGGUGCAGCAAAUAUUCUCAAACAGCAUGAAAAAGAGAUACAGGGGACUGUUGUUCUUGUUUUCCAACCAGCCGAGGAAGGAGGUGGAGGGGCUAAGAAAAUUUUAGAUGCUGGAGCCUUAGAAAAUGUUACUGCUAUCUUUGGAUUACACGUGGUGCCUCUCAUUCCAGUAGGUACAGCGGCCUCUAGGUCCGGUCCAUUAACGGCUGGAAGUGGUUUCUUUGAAGCCAAAAUAAGUGGAAAGGGAGGUCAUGCAGCUAUUCCCCAACUUUCUAUAGACCCCAUAUUGGCGGCUUCUAAUGUCAUUAUUAGCCUUCAGCACCUUGUUUCUCGCGAGGCUGAUCCUCUAGAUCCCCGGGUUGUCACAGUUUCAAAGAUUCAAGGAGGUGAUGCAUUCAAUGUUAUUCCUGAUUAUGCCACAAUUGGUGGCACCUACCGUGGUUUUACUAAUAAAAGCAUGGACCAACUUAAAUUGCGAAUCAAGCAGGUUAUCAUCGGUCAAGCUGCUGUGCAGAGAUGCAAUGCAACUGUUAACUUCUUUGAAAAUGUGGGACCAGCGAAUCCUCCAACUGUGAAUAAUGGUGACUUGCACAAGCAUUUUCAAAAUGUUGCUGAGAAUGUGCUUGGCGUCAAUAAUGUUAAUCUUAACAUGCCACCAUUCAUGGUAGCUGAAGACUUUGCAUUCUAUCAAGAGGUCAUACCUGGCUACUUCUUCACGCUUGGAAUGAAGUAUGCUUCACCUAAUGAACCGUUUCAGUCAUUACACUCACCAUAUCUCAGAAUCAAUGAAGAUGGACUUCCUUAUGGGGCUGCACUUCACGCAUCAUUAGCUACUAGUUAUCUUAUAAAACUUCAGCAGUAACAACCUCUUUUUUCCCCCUAGUUUUCUCAAAAUAAUAAAAUACUAUGAAGAGGCGCACUUAGUUUGAUGAAAAUGGUGUAUUAAACCUGAUUUUUGUAAUAAGAUAUCAUUACCUAAAUAGACACCUAUAUCAUGUCGUUGCGCCUA